GGGCUGCCCGCGGGAGGCGGGUACCCGCGCUGGGCCCCGGCCGGGGCUGUGCGGGGCUCCCCGCUGCCGGGCCGCCCGUCCCGCGGGCCGUGGUGGGGCAGCUCCGUCCCCGGCGGGCGCAGGCUGAACAUCCAUCUUGUGCGGCUGUGCCGGGGCCGCCGGCUCCUGGCGCGUCAGGUGUGCUCGAGGGGAGCGCACGCCGUCUCGCUUGUUCCCCGGGAUGUAAAGGGGCGCAGAAAGCUCGUGCGCUGCCGUCCCUGAAGACCACUGGAGUCCCUUGUAGGGAGCCUGGAAAAACCUUCAGUAAGGCUGCUAACACUGAUGAGAGAUCUUUUAUGCCAAGAUCGUCGCUAUUUGAACAGACCACACCAUGCGUGAGUACAAGCUAGUGGUCCUUGGUUCAGGAGGUGUGGGGAAGUCCGCUUUGACUGUACAGUUUGUUCAGGGAAUUUUUGUUGAAAAAUAUGACCCAACAAUAGAAGAUUCAUACAGAAAGCAAGUGGAAGUAGACUGUCAACAGUGUAUGCUUGAAAUCCUCGAUACAGCAGGGACAGAGCAAUUUACAGCAAUGAGGGAUCUCUAUAUGAAGAAUGGUCAAGGGUUUGCACUAGUAUAUUCUAUAACAGCACAGUCCACGUUUAACGACUUACAGGACCUGCGGGAACAGAUUUUACGGGUUAAGGACACUGAAGAUGUUCCGAUGAUUCUGGUUGGCAAUAAAUGUGACCUGGAGGAAGAGCGUGUAGUUGGCAAAGAACAGGGUCAAAACUUAGCAAGACAGUGGUGUAACUGUGCCUUUCUAGAAUCGUCCGCAAAGUCUAAAAUCAACGUUAAUGAGAUCUUUUAUGACCUGGUCAGACAGAUAAAUAGAAAAACACCAGUGGAAAAGAAGAAGCCUAAAAAGAAAUCAUGUCUGCUGCUUUAGGCUCCCAUCGCGCAGCAGCUCUGAGCCAGAUUGCAGGAAUGAAGAACUGUUGCCUAAAUGGAAAGUGCCAGCAUUCCCGACUUCAAAACCUUACGGAAAUGAAUAACAUAUCUGAAGAAGCUUCUCCUGUUUUUAUAUACUACGAGAAGAAUUUAGAUCUUAAAAUGGUUUGCACACAGUCCCUGGAAAAGAAAUUGCUCUGUGUAUAUCUCUUGGAAAUUUAAGACAAUAGUACUCCUCCUUUGCAAUAGCAGUUAACAGAUGUGAAAAUAAAUAUAAUUGACUCUAGUGUAUGAUUAUACAAAGGAGCAUGGAUGCAUUUCAAAUGUUAGAUAUUGCUACUAUAAUUAAAAUUUCAUAUUGACCCUUUUAUCAUAAUUUUUCCCCAUCAAGCACUAAAAAUGUUCCACCAUUAUAUUUUAUAUCUAUAACUAUAGAUAUAUAUUACCUGAAAUUUCCCUUUGAACUCACUGCAACAAAUAACUUUUUGAGUCAUUGACUUCAUUUUAUAUUUAAAAGUAUGGAGUAUCAUUAUUUUCAUUCUGCCAUUAUAUUCUAAUUAAAAAUGUUUGUGCAUAAUGCUUUGGAAAAAUGGGUCUUUUAUAGGAAAAACUGGGAUAACUGAUUUCUAUGGCUUUAAAAGCAAAAAUAUAUAAUAUACUAAACCAACUCUAAUAUUGCUUCUUGUGUUUUACUGUCACAGAUUAAAUUACAGCUUUUAUGAAUGAUUAAAUUUUAGUACAUUUUCA